CACAAAUCCCGUGCCUGUGCACUUGUGUGACCGACACACGUGGAAGUGGAAGACAAUGAUGGAGGAGGACAACACCCAAGGUGCCGAUCAGGCACCAAAGCAGCAGCAGCAACGCGCAGCGGCAGAUGGGAGCCGUAAGCGCCGUCGCAGGCCGCCAAAGAAGAACCCCAACGCACCGACAGUGCGGCCAUCUGUGCUCGUGCACCCGGGCGACUGCGGUCCUCGAGAGGCUCUACGACAGCCGAAACGGAAGUCUGGCAACAACAAGAAGUAUCUGAAGGUGCUGCCGACUGGCAUGAAGACGGUUACGGCGGCAACUUGGCGCUCCAACAACAACCUUCCUUCCCUGCCAGAUGGCGUCGAGGAGCCCAGCCCAUACUACACAUAUGAGGGCGUGUUCGAUGGGCACGGUGUCAAGGUGCACCGAGUGCCGGACAUGUACUGGCUACACUAUCAGGGCUGCUUUGGUAAGGCCAACCUGUCCAAGAGCGAACCCAUGCACCACAAGGUUGUGCGUGACGUUGCUGCCGGCGUCGUCGAACUCUUGACGGUGGCUGAGCGGCGCGUGGACCGUAAGCAACGGCGGGUGGAGCGAAACGAGCGGAGGAAACAGGUGCGGGCGAAGAAGAGAGAGGAGCAGCAGGCAAAGAAGAGGGAAGAGAAGGCAAUGAGGAGGAGGGAGAGGAAGGAGGCCCACAAGCAGCAGGCCCAUGGUGGCAAUGGCGGUAAUGGUGAUGAUGUUGAUGGUGAUGGUGGUGAUGCUGAAAGCCGACGUGCCUCUGUUGAAGAGCGGGACAAGGAAGACGGGGUGGAGAACGACGAAGCAGAAGGGGGUGACCAGGGCGAAGGUGCCGAGGGAGGCAGGGAAGCAGCCACUACAACAAGCACAGACAAGGCCGGCGACGAUGGUGAUGGCGAUGACGAUGACGGAGGAGAGCAGGAUACGGCAGCACCGGCCGAAGAAGAGAGACAAGAUGAACAACAGGGCAUGGAGGAGGCGGAGGAGCAGCAACAACAGCAAGUGGGUGGUGGUGGCACGGCACAGCCCACGACCACGACGAUGAGCGCCGCCACUGCUGCCGAACGUGAUCAUGACGAUGACGGCAACCUCCCGUCCAAGCGGGCGAAGCAACCGCAACAGCAAGAUCGUACGCGUGACGGUGGCAAUGAUGGUGGUGAUGAGCAGCCACAGCACCAACAGCCACAACAGCAGCAGCAGGAGUCGUCGAUGCAGUGGGUGGAGGUGUCCGGGGACAACAUUCCCCCCGAACUGCGCGGCCGGCAAAUCAUUCACGCAACACGCGAGGUCUUACAGCUCAGUCUUGUCGAGGCAUUUUUCUUGAAGCACGGCCUUGGGUGCCUUCGUAUUCUCGACGAAGCAGGGCGAGACAUGUCCACGGUCGAGUGCUGGCGUGCAUUCACGCGUGUGCAGCCGCAGUUUGUGCAGCGCUACGUUGUUUACCACCAUCUUCGCAGCGCCGGCUGGGUGCCAAAGUCAGGUUUGAAGUUCGCGGCAGACUUUCUUGCAUACCGCCAAGGGCCAGCAUACUACCACUCAAGGGGAAUGGAUGUUUAUUCAGGAUAA